GUUAAGCAGUCCUCGAAAAAAUCUUGACUCAGAGAACGAUUGGAACUAGGAAACCUUGCUUCAACGAUGCGAACUCGUAAUAUUUUGGAGGUGGAAAAGGUCGUCUCUUUUACUGAUGAAGCUUUGGUGCCAACAAUGUGUAAGGCGACAAAAUCGAAAAUGGCCCACUUAGUCACUAGCGUCAUAGACAAAUACAACGACGUAUUCGAUAAUUACAGCGAUCCCAGAGUGGACGGAUGGGCGUUAAUGUCGAGUCCAGUACCAACAUUAGCAAUAUGUUUAUUUUACGUAUAUUUUUCCAAAGUAAUGGGACCAAAAUUAAUGGAAAACAGAAAACCAUUCGACCUUAGGCAAAUUUUAAUUAUAUAUAAUUUUAUACAAACUAUAUUUAGUGCCUGGAUUUUUUAUGAGUACCUGAUGAGCGGUUGGUGGGGAAGCUAUAGUUUUAGGUGCCAACCUGUAGAUUAUUCGUCAAACCCCAUGGCAUUGAGGAUGGCAAACGCAUGUUGGUGGUACUACUUCUCGAAAUUUACGGAAUUUUUGGAUACUCUAUUUUUCAUUUUGAGGAAAAAGUUUAGUCACGUAUCAACGCUUCAUGUCAUUCACCACGGAUGCAUGCCAUUCUCCGUAUGGAUGGGCGUUAAAUUUGCUGCAGGUGGGCAUAGCACUUUUUUUGCGCUACUUAACACAUUUGUUCAUGUAGUAAUGUAUUUUUACUAUAUGCUCUCGGCCAUGGGACCCCAGUACCAGAAAUACAUUUGGUGGAAGAAGUAUCUCACGACAUUCCAAAUGGUACAAUUUGUUUUAAUAUUCACACAUCAAUUUCAACUGUUAUUUACGGAUUGCGAUUACCCCAAAGGCUUUAUGGUUUGGAUCGGUUUCCAUGGAGUCAUGUUCCUGUUUUUGUUCUCCGACUUUUACAAAGUCAAAUAUACGUCGGGCAAAAAGGCUGUGCAAAAUAACAACACCGGAGCCUGCAUGGUUGUCGAAGACGAAGUACAUACGAAUGGAAAAGUGAGCAACGGUACUAUGGGUGAAACAUUAACAAGCAGCUACCUUGAAAGUGAACUGUCCAGUACUUAUAAACCUUGCUAUUCCAAUGGAAUCAACAAUGGAUUUGUUAGUUAUCAACGGAACGGCAAAAAAAUAGAUUAAAUUUGAGUUACGAGGUGCGCGUGUUGCGAUCAAUUGUGUUUUUUUCCAGCAACUUGUUUUUGUUCCCAUCAGUCCUGCUUUUCAUUGUAUAUAAUCUAGCAUUUUAUGCUCAGGGUAAAAUUUUUAUGAGUUCACUGUAAAUGCUCGGCUUACUUAAUUUUUGAGCCUUCGUGAGGUGCCAAAGUCCCAUAUUUUGUUCUCUCACAUUUCUCUUUCAUUUGGCUUGUUUAAAAAAUAAAAAUGCCACGAGUGCCUAUGAAACAAUUUACUGCUCCACCUAAGUUUCUAGAUAAAAUUUUGUUAUAUUAUUCAUUAGCGAGAUAGGGAAGUACUUAUGAUUCUGCAGGCAUUGACCAAUUUUUAGUUAAAAGUAAGAAAAGUGGCAAAAUUUAUAAUAGUAUUUCGUUUAUUCGCACUCAAACUGAUUGUAAAUUAAAUACGUAUAGAGUUGUACAAAACGCAACAUUUUUUAUAUACAACACAGAAAAUCAUACUGUACUAUAACAUUCAAUCUUUCAUUUUGUAAAUCACCUAUGGAUUAUUUUGUCUUCAGUUUUAGUAGGUUAGCGCUUAUUGUGGCGUUAAAAAGCUUUUGUUUAUAUUUAUUACGUAGAUUAAAUAUGUUGAUGGCAACGGAUACCUAUCUAUAAUAGUAUUUUUUUGUAAAUAAACUAAAUAAAUUGAAAUAAUUGUGA